AUGCCAGCUACUCCAAAGGAAGAGGUCCAGGCUUCAGCCCGCCUCAAAGAUCACACCCCUGCUAAACAGGUGAAGGAUCCCCUCGAUGCCAGCCCCUCUGAGUCGAUUAAGACCAAGAAACGCAAGAGGGGAGGUCGAUCUGGGACUAAGAGCCGGAGGACGAGUUCCUCAAUGGAGACCAUCUCCCAGGCGUCGAUUAACUCAAAGACCCCCAAUAAACCACACAAGCGCUCACCCAACAAAGAGCCCAAGAGAGACAACAGUACAACCAAGUCUACCUUGUCACAUGGAAAGCAGCAGCCCGCAUCUCCCGGGCGCACUCAACGAGAACUCUCACCCAAGCUGUCGUCGAAUCAGAAGGCCGCAAAGGAGGACACUGCUUCUACCAAGCCCGGAAACCCAUUGAAGCUCCCAGACCUCCCGUCUUCAGAGUUCAUCGUCCCCGGGGGGUUGGAGUUGAGUCUAUUCAACCACGCUUCCGACGAGAAGGAGACUCCCCACGAGCCAGUCUCUGACCACAUGUCGGAGGAGUACCAUGAAAUCUCCGCUAUGUACACCCCGAUUUCGCUCGCGGUGUUGCAGUACGACCAGCGCAUCCGGAGCCGACAUGGGGGCAAGUGUGAGACCUGGCUGGCGCGUCAGAUGUACCAUGAGCUGAACAAUAUCUCUACUCAAAUUGACCAUAUUAUGGGUAAUAUCAGGAUCAUGCUGGAAAAAGGGAGGGUGAGGGAGAAUUUUGAGGAUGAGGAGUCUGCGUCUUUCAAGGGUGGUCCUGAGAAUCCGUUCGAAUUGAGUGAUGGGGAUGAUAACGCUCUCUUUGUGAGGUCUGAUGAACGCGCUUGCUCUGGUGAGUUGCAUGGCUUGUCUGGGGAUGAAUAG